AACCUAGGAAGAAACCUGGAGAGGAUGUAUUUAGGUGAACAGUGUGAUUAUGCACUACCCUGCUGCUGAUUGAUUGCUGAUGUGAAUAUUGAUUGAUCAUCAGUCCUUUGGGGAGGGAGUAGCGACCCUAGCUGUGAAGUGAUGCUUUGGUGUCAGAUUUCAGGUGCAAAGCUUAGACGGCCGUUUUACAGUAGCACACGGAAAGCACCAGUAGGUCAGGGAAAGUAUGAGUUUUAUAAACGUUUUUAAUUAAACACACACACACACACACACACACACACACCUAACAGAACAAAGACAGCUCGGAUCCCCUUGUCACUGGAGUGCAGAGCAAAUUUAAAUCACUUGUUUUAUAUUCACAUUAAAGUUCAGUACGGGGGAGUUUGACACUCUUCUCUGUUUUCAUCUUGCUAUGUGGUGCCAGAGAUCGCCCACACAAGCAGUUGCCAAAGUGCCUGGCAGGUUUUUAUAUACAAUUCUGAAGACUGGAAAGGGAGAGGGGGAGAGAGAGAGAGAGCGAGCGGAGAAGAGAGAACUAUACACAAGUCAAGAGUGAGGUGAAGGGUCAACUUCUCACUCAAGAUGCCAAUAUCCUGCUGCUCUUGUCAAAUACAGAAAGUGGGGGAGAGGGCAAGAGUGAAGGCGAGAUGCAUUUCGUAACAUUCAUUUCAAAUUCAUUUACUAUGUCCCUUUUUUUUAAAGAGGAUUCACUGGUAUGUGCUCAAUAGCUCUCGAGUCCAUGUUAGUAACGGUGUGGUGGCAGUGUAUGUGUCCCUUCUCAGAAAGUAUCCAGUGUGAGAACAUUCCCAGAAAGGACACCAGAACCCUCCAGGCCUGCCUGCCUGCCCUGCAGGAUGACCUCGAUGUUUUAGCAGUGAUAACGGCUUUUCAGCCACAUCAGCCAUUCCCUUACUGGGCCUGGGCGUACGUCGUUUUGUGUGCGCCAGGGUAGAUAUGUACUGUAGCGAUGGCAGGAGAUAGAAACCAUUAUCUUUCUUCCCCUCUUUUUCUCCCUCCCUCCCUUCCUCUUCUCUCCCGGCUGUCCUGCGAUAUGCCUGCUCUACAUGAUCGUUCUGGGUGUACGACUCGCCACAGGAGUUGAACAUGAGUCUCUUUAAUGAAAGCUGUUUUAUCAAAACGCUGUCAACUCUUCUCUUCCUCCUAUCUUGGCUGUCCCUUGUUUUCUGAUCUCCCUCUCCCUGGGCCUCACCCACUGUCUUCCUCAUCUCUCUCUCCUGUCCCUCUUUCCCUCCCUCUUAUUUGCUCCUUCUCUCUCCCUCCCUCUCCUCUCUGAUGUAUUGAAUAGGGGUUGUUGUGUGUUUGUGUUUGGAAUGUUGUGAGUGGGAUAGCGGUGACUUGAUGCUGAAGUCAGUGUCCCUCUUUCUCUCUCUCUCUUGCUCGCUUUCUCAUUCUCUUUCUUAUUCUCUCUCUCUCUCUUGUUCCCUCUCUCGUUCUCUAAUCUCUUUGUAAAGUAAACAAACUGCUGCAUUGUGACAGUAACCCUCAAACUCAACCACUCUGAUCUCCCUUCUGCUUCUCAGAGGAGUCUGUCAAUACAAGCCACCAUUUGUCUUUCUCUCUGGUUCCUCUCAUUGGUACGUGGACUGUUGUGGUGCGACGUAGUUGCCGUGGCAGAGUGGUGGUUCUGGGAUGGGUUAGAGUUUUUUUGUGAGUAGUGUUUGUCUAGCCUGGGCUGUCACUAAUGCGGACUAAAUCUCUCCGUAGACUGGAGGAUCCAACCGAGAGCGUGAAGAGAGCGUCUGGUACAGAGCAGGAUGCUGUGCUGAGGCUUGAGCAGGAGAGGGCUGAGAUCGUCUCCAAAUAUGACAAGGGAAAAGAGGGUGCCACUGUGGAACCCUGGGAGGAUGCAAGCUUCCACCUGUACAAAGUUAUUGACCGCCUCGGCUUCGUACAUGAGAAUGAACUUCCGUCCUACGACUCGGUGGAAGAGAAGCAAAAACACUUAGAGGUAGAAAGGACCUCAAAAUGGCUGAAGAUGAUGAAGAGCUGGGACAAGUAUAAGAACAGUGAGAAGCUGGUGAGGCGGAUCUAUAAGGGAAUUCCCCUACAGCUCCGAGGAGAGGUGUGGUGUCUGCUCCUCGACGUUCCCAAAAUAAAGGAGGAGAAGAAAGACUUCUACGAGAAGCUGAAGCUCAGGGCUCGAGGUCUGUCUCCUGACGUCCGUCAGAUUGACCUGGAUGUGAACCGAACCUACAGGGACCACGUCAUGUUCAUGACCCGCUACGACGUCAAGCAGCAGGCUCUGUUCCACGUCCUAACAGCCUACUCCGUGUACAACACGGAGGUGGGGUACUGCCAGGGCAUGAGUCAGAUCACUGCUCUGUUGCUCAUCUAUAUGAAUGAAGAGGAUGCCUUCUGGGCUCUGGUCAAACUGCUGUCUGGACAGAAACACGCCAUGCACGGGUUUUUUAUCCCCGGCUUCCCCAAGCUGAUGCGCUUCCAGGAGCACCAUGACCGCAUCCUCAAGAAGAUGAUGCCCAAACUGAAGUCACACCUGGACACACAGGAGGUGUUCACCAGCCUGUACACUAUGAAGUGGUUCUUCCAGUGUUUCCUGGACAGGACCCCCUUCACUCUGACCCUGCGGAUCUGGGACAUCUAUAUCCUGGAGGGAGAGAGAGUUCUGACCGCCAUGUCCUACACGGUCCUCAAACUGCACAAGAAGCACCUGUUGAAGCUGUCUAUGGAGGACCUGGUUGAGUUUCUGCAGGUGACUCUGGCCAAGGACUUCUUCUUUGAGGAUGACUUUGUGAUUGAGCAGCUGCAGAACAACAUGGUGGAGCUAAGGAGGUCCAAACUGGAGCUGGCCGCACCAGGUAAAGAGGACGAGUAUCCCAAGAAGCUUCUUGGGCAGCUUCCCCCAGAGCCGGCGGUGAACCAGAACCACGUGGCGAAUGGUCAGAGCCACGCCCAGCCGGCCGAGCCCCCAAAAGCGCCCAGCCCCUCCCCCGAGCGCCAGCGGGACAGCCGACCCCCCAGCCGGGCACGCAGGGACUCCCUGGAGAAGCUGGUCCGGCAGCACAAGGCUGAGAAGAGGGAGGCCAGAUCACGGGGGUCUGGAGAGAACUCCGUCCACCUCGACCCACACUGCAAACAGCCCUCCGUCCCCCCCCUCGCUACCCCAGAGAGAGGGUUCACACCUACACCGUCCCCGGCGCCCUCUCCCUUGCCACACCCCAACCCUCCUACAAAAGUGGUGGAUGGAGGGAAGCCUCAGAACCACGCUACAGCCAACCACAACUCCAAUGCCGCCUCCAGCAGCUCCCGUAAAGACAUCGCCCCGCGCUGGGUCAAACCCUCCGAGACCAAGCUGGAGGCGGCCAAGGCCGCGGCGGCCAGGGAGAUCCAGCUGAGCCGCGGUGGUUCCCCGGCCCCCUCCAGCCCUGACGACACCCUGCUGCUCAACCGCCGGCCCCGCUCCAGGGGCUUGAUCCCAGGCUCCAACCGCGGCUCCAACGCCUCUCAGUACGACAACGUGCCCGGGGGGGCAGAGCAGGACUUUGUGGAGGUCCUGGAGCUGGAGAGGCCACCGUCGCAGAUGAGGCGCAGCGAGACACCGUCCCUACCCCCCACUCACACCCCCAGCCUGCAAGGGAGCAUGGUCUCCAUAGGACCAGUGGCUAGGCAGGCCAAACACCUCACCCCCGCUGCCCUGUCCCUCAACAGCCCUGCGGGGGGUAAACCCUAUGUCCACCCCAACGGCCAGAGCCAGUACCACACGCCCCCCCAGCAGUACUCCCCCGGUCGGCCUGCUAUGGUGCCACUCCACUACCCUCCGUACAGUGUGAGCCUUGAGCAGAGGGGACUGGGAGAGGACAGGCACUACGGCCCCCCGCCCUCCCGAGGCACCCCACCUAUGGGUCUGAUGUAUGGGGAGAGGGCGUACGUCACCACCCAGCGGCCCAGCCACUCUCCGGAGAAGGCUCUCAUGAACAACUCCUAUGCCACCACCCACAGGCAGCCUCCCAGCUCAGCCCAGCCCCCCCGGACCAUUGUAGCCCCGCUGGCCCCCCGCAGCAUACAGCAGCUGGACAGCCCUGGUAGUAACGCCUCCACAUACCUGCGUCAGCCCACACGGCUCACCUCCGCUGCAGCUGCCUAUCCGGUGUACCCUCCUGUUGACUACAACAGGUACGAGGGGCGCAGGAGAGGGGAGCAGACCCCGCCCUACCUGCCUGAGGGGCCAGGCCGGGGAGGGGCAGCGGAGGUGCAGCCGUGGGGGCAGCAGGAAGGUGGUGACAUGACACGUGCCCCUGGAGGUGUACCCCGCUCCCCCAGCUUCCAGAGGGCCCAGAUGUCCCCCGUGCAGGAGUUCACCUUCCCUGACGGCCUGGCUCACUACAGGACACAGUUCCACGAGCAGCAGCAACAGCCCACCAUGAGGCAGCAGCUCCCCCCGCUGUUCGGAGGACCACACUACAGGCACGCACCAGAGGCGUUCACCAUGCAGGAGUCUAUGUUGCUGUGAGAGGAGAGAGAGAGGAAUAGAAAGACACUGAGGUGUAGUCACUGACACUGUGGCUGCAGAGACAAGCGGUAGUCCUACUAGAGUUAAGGAGUUUUAGUUUGGUUUGUUUGUGCUUUAUAUGUGAUGUACUGACCUUUUUAAAAGUCAUACUGCAUCGUGAAUGCUGCAGUAUACCAGCUUCUGAUGUUUUUAUGGAUCCCUUUUAAAAACCCACUGAAGAUUGAUUCUUUUAUUUUUUGGAUGUUAAAUCAUUAAUGACAGGAGUUAAAAGUAUAUAUGUAUAUCUAUCUUUUAGAGUUGAAAAUGUACAGUAAAUGAUGUUUUGUUUAUAUACUGGGUUAUUGAACCGUUAUGAGUAGCAGGAGACAAUUCUCCUGGCGAGACAAACUCAGUGAUUCGAUUUUUCUUUUCCAUCUUAAUUUUUUUUAUGAGUUACUUCCAAAAUAUCUACUUUAGAGGUCAAUUUACUCUAUAUGCUUGUGAAUAUCUUAUUUUUCAGAGAGAAGAAACAAAGCUAUGUCAAAUAAUAGAAUUACGGAACAGUGACAAUUAAAAUCAUUGUUGAAAAUAAAUCAUUUCAAUUUUGAAGCACCUCUACUGUAUAACGACGGUUUUUAAAACUUUAUUUUUUCAUUGAGAUUAUUCUGUUGUCGCUCAGUUUAGCGACCACUGUAAUUUGUAGUCAUUGCAAAGCAUUUCUGUAACCCAAAUAGUGUGUACAGUAUGUUUGGAUAUCGAGGCCAGUGUCUGCUUUAUACCCCAUAUUGAGACUGUAAACUCUAUCAACAGUGAACUGUUUUGUCGUCCGUAGAGAAAACACCCCGUUUCUCCCCUGAAGUAAUGUACGAUUUACUUCCCUCUGAAAAGUUUACAUGAACAUUAAUUGCAUAUUAACAGUACAGUAUUUUCAUCACCACAGAGUAGGUGUCAGCUAGCUGCAAGAGGUUUCUAUAGAGGGGGAAUGUGUACUGGUAUUGCAGUACUUACUAAGCCGCAAUAUGCUUUAAUUGCCAAGUCAUGUCUUGUAUUUUCAGCAGUCAUAUUCACUGCUGUUCAGUUACCAGCACUUACAUAUUAAAUCAUUCCAUAUACACACAUCAAUACUUACUGACGUGUACAUACUACUUUGUAGUGUGACGUCACACAUUUGAAUUCAUACUCAAACACCUACCCUUCUAUUGCUGAUUCUCAACUAUGUACUUUUUGAUACAAUGCUUAUCGUUCUCAAACGGUUAUAAUUAUUUGAACAUGCAAAUAAGUCAUUCCUUUUUUUGUUAAAUAAUUAAUUGCAAACAUGGCUUAUCAGGUCAUUCUUCAGAGACUUUUCUUUACUUAAUAAAACAAAUUGGGGUGUGCA